UUUUGUAAAAGGAAUAAGUAGGGAUAACCAAGAGAUUCUAGCAACUUGGUCCCAAUAGUGUUGUUCUGUGGAGAUAAGAAGCACUUUCAGAUCAAAGAGAAAUGACAUUUUUUCAAUCUUAUUCCUUUGUGGGGUUUGCUAACUUUUUGACCACAUAAUCAUCUUGCAAUCAGUCAGUCAGUCAGUUACCCUCCUGAUCUAGAAAGAUAUUUAACAUGAAAUUCUGUUGUGUUAAUGCCUACCUUUUCCAACUUUUUGCCUAAUCAUUCAUUCAAUUUUUCUCUACUUUUUUUGGCCUUAUAUAUACAUCUUCCUUCCUUCAUUCCUUAUUCAUCAUAUUAACUAUAUUCUCUUCUAUCUCAUUUCUCCCUUGUUAAGACAAAUAUUCCACUACAAUGGUUUUGGUUCAUAAUCAUGCUGAAAAAGAUGGCUCAACUGAUGGAGCUCUAGUUGAUUUUCGUGGAAAUCCGGUUGAUAAAUCGCGUACCGGAGGAUGGCUUGGUGCAGGGCUCAUUCUAUGUACAGAGUUAUCAGAAAGAAUAUGUGUCAUGGGGAUAUCGAUGAAUUUGGUGACGUACUUGGUUGGAGAUUUACAUCUUCCAUCUUCUGAUUCUGCCAACAUUGUUACUAAUUUCAUGGGCACACUCAACCUUCUUGCCCUGCUUGGUGGUUUCUUGGCUGAUGCUAAACUAGGCCGUUAUGCAACUAUUGCAAUCUUUGGUUGCAUCGCUGCUGUGGGAGCAACACUAUUGACACUUGCAACAUCCAUCCCAAGUAUGAAGCCUCCCGUGUGCGACUCAAGAUCGAAGGGCCACUGCAUCGAAGCCAGCGGGCAGCAGCUCAUUCUCCUCUUCGCAGCAUUAUACACCAUAGCGCUCGGUUGUGGAGGGAUCAAGUCCAGCGUAUCCGGUUUUGGAUCGGACCAAUUUGAUUCAUCAAAUCCUAAAGAGAACAAGGCCAUGAUAUACUUCUUCAACAGAUUCUACUUCUGCAUAAGCCUUGGAUCUUUGUUUGCUGUGACUGUAUUAGUGUAUAUACAAGACAAUGUUGGAAGGGGGUGGGGGUAUGGUAUAUCAGCAGGCACAAUGGUACUAGCGGUGGCUGUUUUGCUUGGUGGAACAUCAUUGUACAGAUUCAAGAAGCCAGAGGGAAGUCCUUUGACUAUUAUAUGGAGAGUUUUGAUCUUGGCUUGGAGAAAGAGAAAGCUUUCUCACCCUUCUGAUCCUGGAUUCUUGAAUGAAUAUCACAACGCAAAAGUGCCACAUACAAAAAUGCUAGGGUGUCUCGACAAGGCAGCGAUUCUUGAUGAUUAUGCAGCUGCAGAUGAAAAUAGAAACAAUCCAUGGAUAGUAUCAACAGUUACUCAAGUCGGAGAAGUGAAAAUGGUUCUUAAGUUGAUUCCGAUAUGGUCCACGUGCAUACUUUUUUGGACAGUUUAUUCUCAAAUGAAUACUUUUAGCAUCGAGCAAGCUACCUUCAUGAAUCGAAACGUUGGCAAAUUUGGCAUCCCAGCAGGCUCCUUUGCCUUUUUUCUCUUUAUUUCUAUACUCUUGUUUACGUCCAUAAAUGAAAGGGUCACCGUACCAAUUGCUAGAAAAAUCACUGGCAAUAGACAAGGACUCACAAGCCUUCAAAGAGUUGGAAUUGGACUAAUGCUAUCCGUUAUUGGUAUGGUAGCAGCAGCUAUUGUAGAAAAGCAACGAAGGGAAAAUGCAACAAAACACAAUUAUAGCAUGAGUGCAUUUUGGUUAGUCCCUCAGUUCUUCAUUGUUGGUGCUGGUGAAGCUUUUGCCUACGUAGGACAACUCGAAUUUUUCAUCAGGGAAGCACCUGAAGGGAUGAAAUCAAUGAGCACAGGGCUAUUCCUUAGCACCCUCUCAAUGGGAUUUUUUAUGAGUAGCUUGCUAGUGUCAAUCGUACAUAAGGUAACAAAUGGAAGCUGGCUUAAAAGCAAUUUGAACAACGGUAGGCUAGAGGACUUCUACUGGAUGCUAGCAGUGCUAGGAGUACUCAACUACUUGGUUUUCCUCGUUUUCUCAUGUAGACAUCAAUACAAAGCGCAAAACCUUAGUACUACUCUUGAAGACUCAGAAGAAGAGCUCAAGAAUUGGAACAAUACGAGCAUCAAUGACAACGCGGAAAAGAAUCCUAAUGAUGCAGAAAAGGAGGAAGUCUAAAUGUUCAGCCAUGAUCUUAGAUAGGAGGUUCGAGGCCUCAUUCUUUUCUAUAGUUUGUAUUAUAAUAUAUGGUAUUCAUUUCGUAGUGGCGAUGUGUAGUAUGUCUGUUUAGACAUUAAGGUUUGUGUAUUAGUUAAAGAAUGAGAGCUGAUAUAUGAUAAUUUGCAUAAUCACAAAAUGUGAUUUUUGGCAUAGUAAUAGAAGAACAAUUGUGGUUUUUGAA